AUGGGAUUGGGAGCCUGGUGUCCGUGCAUAGGGAGUACACAGAGCUCCUGUGUAAGCUACGGAAAGAGCGCACUCCUCACAAACUACCCACCCGUAGGACGCUCUCGCCUCUAUCUCAGAUUCCGUUUAAUUUCUGCGGAGAGCGACGGGUCCCCAAGAACUCGGGGAGCACGGUCGUCGGUGGGCGCGGAGAGAUCGGAACGACUCAAAUGGAUCCCAACUGCCUCCAAGCGUCUUGCGUCGCCUACGGGUAAUGCGGCGAGCCUGGGAGUGAAGAUGGGCGCAUCCCCCGGUGCAAUAAAUGCGACGCUUUUCCCCGGCCCGUUCUACCACAUUCCUGAAGGGCUCUUCCCUCAGCCAGUCCUGAUCGGGAUAACGGCGGUCUGCGUUCUCCUCUUCUCCGUCGGGGUGGCAGGGAACGUCAUGACCAUCCUCCUGGUGGCCAGAUACAGGGAUAUGAAGACCAGCACGAACUUCUUCCUCUGUAGCAUGGCCAUGUCUGAUCUCCUCAUCUUCCUUUGCAUGCCUCUCGAUCUCUACAAGCUCUGGAGACUACGACCUUGGUUGCUGGGUCAGUUCGUCUGCAAGUUGUCCCAGUUCGUUAGCGAGGGCUGCACCUACGGCUCCACCCUCCACGUCACCGCCCUGAGCGUGGAGAGGUACGUGGCGGUCUGCUUCCCUCUCAAAGCCAAGGUGCUGCUCACCAGGUCGAGGGUCAAGGUGGCCAUCCUGGCUCUCUGGACGGUGGCCCUGGCCAGCGCGGGUCCAGUCUUCGCCCUGGUGGGUGUGGAGUUCGUCAACGGCACCGACCCCUCCGAGACCAGCGAGUGCAAGGGCAGCGAGUACGGCGUGCGUUCGGGUCUGCUCAGUGCCAUGGCGUGGGUCUCCAGCCUCUACUUCCUCGUGCCCACCUGCUGCCUGGCCGUCCUCUACAGCCUGAUCGGCCGCAAGCUGUGGAGGAGGCCAAAGUCUCGGCGGGACAGGAGCAACAGACGCACAGUCAAGAUGCUAGCCGUCAUUGUCCUGGUGUUCGUGCUGUGCUGGCUGCCCUUCCACAUCGAGAGAAACCUCCUCCUGUUGACAGCCGGCAGCGCGGGAAUGUACACGGUCAGCCGCUGCCUCCAGGCCCUCUCUUUCGCACUCUUUUACCUCAGUGCCGCCAUCAACCCUGUCCUCUACAAUCUCAUGUCGGCCAAGUACAGGGCCGCUGCGGGCAAGCUGCUGGGCCUGAGGGGAAAGGCCGGAGAAAGGAGGAGAGGCCGGUGGAGAAAGAAGAGACUGCAAUCUCCCCCGCACUGCAGCGAGAGCGGCCAUUGUUGCCCAGGAGGCGAUAGUGUCGUCUAA